AUGCCCACCCUUAGGGCGUUGGUCGGCAAGUGGUACAACGGUGGUAUGCUCUCCGAUGUUGCUGGUCUCGUUGAAGGUAACCCCGAUUGCAUAUUCGCCUACGGAUGGACCAUGCGGAAAUGCUCCACAGUAUUCAUCGAUAUUGUGGGGCAUCGUCGCAAGAUUGAGCAUGUCCGAGGCCUCGUUGGGUUGACCCUCGGACUCGGUCAUGAUGUUAGGGCGUACCGCAGCUUCGACAGCCCUGGACAGUACUUUCUCGGUCGCGUUGGAGUAGAGCCGUGUUAUUCAAUCGUGAAAAUCUGGUCGUCCAAGUCUUAUUACAGAACCGGGAUGCGCUUGGGUAGGAUGUUGAUAGUUUCGUUGUUGAAAGCAAGCAAAAGGAUCGGAAGAUCUAAGAGCGUGAAUGCGAUGAGAAUGUGUGAAGCUAUUGGGAGCACCCGAUAUAUGAGGAACUGGAUUGAUUGCUAG